UCGAGCGCGCGGCGAGGCCCCGGGCGGCACCACCGCCCCGCAGACACAUCCCGAGAGGCGAGCCGUUGCCUCUGCUGCCGCUCGCGGGCCAUCGAGCAGCACAGGGGGGAGGGGGGAGGAGGAGGAGGAGGAGGAGGAGGAGGAGGAGGAGCAAGGAGGAGGAAGGAAAGGAGCCACGGUGGGCGCUCGGCCCGUGUCUCGCGCCGUCCUUAAACACGAGGCGCUCCCCGCGGGCUGGCGCGGACAAGAGGAGGCUCCCCGCGGGAGGCGUCCGCGAGCGGCGCCGUGGCGGCGCAGGUCCCAUACCCCGCAGAGCUGGAGUGUAAGUCAGAUUGUGGGUAUGGGGUAGAGGCACCAGCGGUGCGUGAUUCGGGGACCUGGAUAAAAGACAGCCGAGCACUCUAUCCCGUUGACGUGUGAGGGGAAGAACGCUGCAGGCUCGAAUUCGCCGGUGCAGGCGAGCCGGGACAAAAGCAGACGAGGGGGAGCGGAGGAACGGAGAACUGGGGGUUACGCAGCGAGAGGAAGGGGAGGGGACGCGGGGCAUGCACAACGUGCUUCCGCUGGGCUCGCGCCAAGGGUCCCAGCGAAACCCUGGCGGCGGGCCUGGCCGAGCAUCGACACAGCGUCGCAUGCGCACGCAGCCUCCGACGGGCGACUCCCGCCAAAAACCUUGCAAAGUGCAAGGCUGAGAGAUCACCGUCACGACCGCCAGCCCAGUCCCCCCCCC